AUGGUUAUAUCAAAGGAUGAAGACGAUGAAAAGAGUUCUGACUACUUAUCAAACAACCUGGAUGAAGAACAAGAACAAGAAGAUCACUACUUCUACUAUUAUCAUAAGAUAAGACUACAAAACAGCAAUGAGGCCCACAACAAGGACGUUAGUGAUACUAAAAUCAAGGGACCCAGACCCGUUGAAUCAACCCCAAAUAUUACUGUAAAGGGUAAAAAAACGUAUAAAAUGAAAUAUGUCAAUUCUGCAUUGCCAAGUUUAGACAACAGCAAUACGAAACUUGAUGAAACAGUGACGUCAAGUACAGACAAGAAGGAUUCAAAAUAUUACUAUGAAGUUGGAGAGCCAGUCUCCGGGUAUAAAUUUAUAUCCAGUGAGCCACCUGUGAAAAAACAGAAGAAACCAAAGAACAAACAAUUUCAGGAUAAUGGGGAUUAUGAAGAACCGGAAAUUGAUAUAUUUCAAUUUGAUCGUAACAAUGGGAAAACGUGGUCUCCAUCUGGGGUUUUGAAUGGAGAUAACAACAACAUCACUGAUAAUAAGAUCAAUAUCUUAAUUCGUAAAUAUUGGAGUAAAACUGACACUGUAAUGACUCCAAUUCCAAUAAUUUCUAUCAAGGAUAAAGUCCUAACAUUAUUAUCAUUGGAUGAUUACGAAGAUGUUGAACAUAUCAAGAGAGAGACAGUAUUAGAAUUUUAUGUAAAAAGUGAAGAACUUAUGAAAUUUGAUAUGAUCCAAAUGUUGAAACAAGAGAGAACAAGAUGGCAUCCUGAUAAAUUUGUGAAUACCGAAACCAUCACUGAUAAUAGUAAUAGUAAUAGUAAAAAUCACUCACAAAGGGUCUUACUUGCUACACAUUUGUUUCAAAUCAUAAAUGGGCUAUGGGAAAGUUAUCAUUGA